AUGAACAAGCUGUACAUUGGAAACCUCAACGAGAACGUGACUCCGGCGGAUCUGGAGAAAGUCUUCAACGAUCACAAAAUCUCCUUCAGUGGCCAGUUCUUGGUGAAAUCUGGCUACGCCUUUGUCGAUUGCCCUGAUGACCAAUGGGCCAUGAAAGCCAUCGAAACUUUUUCGGGCAAAGUGGAGCUGCUUGGAAAACAUCUAGAGAUUGAACAUUCAGUACCUAAAAAGCAAAGGAGCCGCAAGAUUCAGAUACGAAACAUCCCCCCUCAGCUACGAUGGGAGGUUCUGGAUGGUUUGCUAGCUCAAUAUGGUACAGUGGAAAACUGCGAACAAGUGAAUACAGACAGCGAGACAGCAGUUGUCAAUGUCACAUAUGCCAACCGGGAGCAAACCAGACAAGCCAUCAUGAAACUUAACGGACACCAGCUGGAAAACCAUGCACUGAAGGUCUCCUACAUCCCCGAUGAACAGACUGUGCAAGGCGCGGAGAAUGGGCGCCGGGGAGGCUUCGGCACACGGGGUGCCCCAAGACAGGGUUCCCCUGUGGCUUCUGGAGCGCCUGUGAAGCAGCAGCCAGUAGACAUCCCCCUCCGACUUCUCGUUCCCACCCAGUACGUGGGAGCCAUCAUUGGCAAAGAGGGCGCCACCAUUCGCAACAUAACCAAGCAGACACAGUCCAAAAUUGAUGUGCACCGAAAGGAGAAUGCAGGGGCAGCAGAGAAAGCCAUUAGCAUCCAUUCAACACCUGAGGGGUGCUCUGCAGCUUGCAAGAUGAUCUUGGAAAUUAUGCAGAAGGAGGCGAAAGAUACCAAGACUGCUGAUGAAGUGCCCCUGAAAAUCCUUGCCCAUAACAACUUUGUGGGACGACUGAUCGGCAAAGAGGGCCGAAACCUGAAGAAGGUGGAGCAGGACACAGAGACAAAGAUCACCAUCUCCUCUCUGCAGGACUUGACCCUCUACAACCCCGAAAGGACCAUCACUGUGAAAGGCUCCAUUGAGAACUGCUGCCGAGCAGAGCAGGAGAUCAUGAAGAAAGUGAGGGAGGCCUACGAGAAUGACGUGGCAGCGAUGAGUCUGCAGUCGCACCUGAUACCUGGUCUUAACCUAGCUGCUGUCGGCCUCUUUCCUGCCUCUUCCAAUGCCGUGCCACCUCCUCCAAGUAGUGUCUCCGGAGCAGCCCCGUACAGCUCUUUUUUGCAGCCUCCUGAGCAAGAGACGGUGCACGUCUUCAUCCCUGCGCAGGCUGUGGGCGCAAUCAUUGGCAAGAAAGGACAACAUAUCAAACAGCUCUCCAGAUUUGCAAGUGCCUCUAUCAAGAUUGCACCUCCAGAGACGCCGGAUUCUAAAGUGCGGAUGGUAAUCAUCACUGGACCACCAGAAGCCCAGUUCAAGGCUCAAGGGCGAAUUUAUGGCAAGCUUAAAGAGGAGAACUUUUUUGGGCCCAAAGAAGAAGUGAAGCUAGAGACGCACAUCCGAGUCCCGGCUUCGGCCGCAGGAAGAGUCAUUGGCAAAGGAGGCAAGACGGUCAAUGAAUUGCAGAACCUGACGGCGGCUGAGGUAGUCGUCCCACGGGACCAAACCCCUGAUGAGAAUGAGCAAGUGAUUGUUAAAAUCAUAGGACAUUUCUAUGCCAGCCAGAUGGCGCAACGUAAAAUACGUGAUAUCCUCGCUCAGGUGAAACAACAGCAUCAGAAGGGACAGAACAGCCAGACGCAGGCGCGAAGGAAAUAG